AUGAUGGGCUUCUUCUUCUCUUUGAUGUCACACCACAAAGCUGUUCCCACUUGCUUUGUGUUCUUCUUCCUGCUUUCUUGCACCUGCUUCACCUCAACAGUAUUAGUAAAAGUAAAAUUGGUUGAUGUUAGUUAUCUUCAACAGAUUAUUUUGGGUUCUUCUUCCAAGGCUCGAAGACAGAUUCUUGCUGAGAUGGGAUACGAGUUUACAAUAAUGACUGCGGAUAUUGAUGAGAAAAGUAUCAGGAAGGAAAAGCCAGAAGAUUUGGUUAUGGCAUUGGCUGAGGCGAAGGUUGUGGUAUACCAAGGAAUAAUAAGGGAAAAGCCAACUAGUGAGAAGGAAGCUCGGGAAUUCAUUUUUUGUCCAUGAAGACCAGGUUUGUGAUCAGAACAAAGUAAAUGGAAGUGGAGUUGAAAUAGUUUUGGAUGAAGUGAAAUCAAAAUCAUUUAGAAAAGCCAAGUAUGAUGAUGAAAUGCCUCCUAACAUCGACCUUGACGAGUGGGAUCACACAGCAUCCAGAACCGGUAGCAGCUCUAAUCAUGCUUCUUCAACUCAGUCUUUGAAUCCUUCAAGUAGAUUCCUUUCUCGCUUUAGCUUCAUUCCUGGUAACAU